UUAGCAGCUUUAACCCGGUUUAACUAGUCUUUAACUCGGCUUUAACUCGGCUUUAACGAGCUCUAACUAGCGCUAACCCACCCGGGACUACAGAACACCACCUGACCGUGAGAACCACCGCGGUUAGACGGAGAACCGGCCGGGUUUCUGGAGGUUUGACGAGGUUCAGAGCCUGCUGCUGUAGUUGGGAAUCGGCUAGAGUCACGAGGUCCUGAGGUGGCGGUCGGUGUGUCUUUGCGGUAUUCUUUCCGUGCUGUGUGUGUGAUGGUCAGCUGGUAACUGGGGUCGCCUCUGCCUCGCUGUGGUGAAUGGCUGUGAGCAGAGGGGGUGCCGCCUUCUGGGUGGGUUGUGUCCGCAGCCAUGGUGGAAGGCAAGUCAUCAGAAAACAGAGCUGGAGUCUCAGUCAGGCCGCCGACUGGCAAUGGAUCCGCCAAACGCGCCCCCUGAGCAGUGCAACCUGGGCCUUGGUGCCCCCCAACAGCCUGAGAUAUCAGAACUUUAAGCAGCCGUCGCUGUCCCACCCGUUCCAUCAUGCCAGCCAGCCUCAGACCGGACGUUACUAUGAGGAAAACUGGGAGGAGUCUCUCGGCGUGUGUGUGCUGGUGCGACAGGGCGAGUCGGACGGCCUCCACACCCUGCUGGAGAUCCCUCUGUUCGGCCCCAAUAAACUAGGAGAGCUCCUCGCUCCGGGGUCUCACAAGCCCUCCGAGUUCUCCUUCCUGUUGACCACGGUGGACGGCAGCAGAGAGGACGACAUCAGCGUUGGAAGCUUCAAGAGAAACGGCGUGGACGCCGUGAAGAGAGAGCACGGCUGUUUCAGAAGCCUGUUUGAAGCGGAGAGGUGUCCUGCACCGUUUAUGUACGGCUCUCACUUUUAUUGUUUUCACUGCCCGGGCACGGAGCCGGUACCGGGCAGCGGGCUGAAAUCUAGGCAGGAUAUUGGACUUGACAACAAGCCUGUGGAGCUGCCUCUGCUGCCUUCCACCUCUCUGUUUAGCUAUGCAGAGGGGCAGCAUUCUGAAGGAGACCGUGAAGGAGAGGAGAAACUGGCCAUGAUGUAUGAAAGACUGAGGAUAGAGCUUCCAAGUUUCUUUGUGAAGAACCACGAUUACAGCAUGUACUCACAUGAUCUGGAAUUCGUCAACGGCCUCAUGAACACCAAGACCAGGGGCCGUACGGUGUACCAGCUCACCCUCUCCCUGUGGCGCCUCCUGUGUCUAUGUUACUACGCCAAGGCUCGGCUGGAGGUGCUGAAGCUCACCAAGCACAUGGAGGACGGGACCAUUAAGGCUCGCUGGAGGAUAAAGGGCCUUCCCUUCUACUCUCUGCUGCUGCGCUUCUAUCGCAAAGACAAAUCUCACCUGUACAGGUCAUAUGAUGCAUUCUCUACUUUUUACAUUGGUCCGGAUGGACUCAUCCGCUGUCAUAAAGUUGAAAAGGUGAUGCCGGAUCAGCCCCCUGUCCUGCCCGGGGUAACCACUCUCCUGGCGGGGGCUCUGGUGGCGCUAGGGGUGCAGGAGCAUCGGCCUGCUCUCAACCUGCUGCCCCUCCUCCUGUCCUCUCUGAGACAGAGCAGAAACUGACCCCCAGGAUGACGAACAGAGGAAUCGGUGUGUCCAAGGUCCGUGUGACUCUCAGCAUUCUCUACAUAGGAAAACAUUCAAAUGGAGGGUUCAGCUCUCCAUCCUAAAAACCUCCCCAUGUUGCCCCCUGAAAUAAAAUACAAAGUCAAGACAUUA